GGGAGCCGGCCGGCCGAGCCGGCGCCGCGACUGUGCACUACCUGCCCCGAUCCGUGGCCGGUCACGUGCCAUCACCUGAUCCAGGCGGCCGACUGUCGGUACCCCUCCUCGCUGGUGGCUGGCCGGCGGCUGGGCGCGCGCCGCAAACGCACCUGGACACGGGCCGUGUUCACCAACCUCCAGCGGAAGGGGCUGGAAAAGCGGUUCACCGUGCAGCGCUAUAUCACCAAACCGGAGCGCAGGAAACUGGCAGAGACGCUCGGCCUCACCGACUCGCAGGUGAAGGUGUGGUUCCAGAACCGGCGUAUGAAGUGGCGCAACUCGCGGCAGGCCGCCGAGCGGGCAGCCGAAGAGACGCCGGUGGUCGACUCCACCCAGCCCUCGGCCGAGGACGAGUCGGCGCAGCCCAUCAACGUCGAGGACUAGUGCCAUCACAAAAACCAGAGGACUAGCGUGAUCAGAGGACUACACGACUAGUGCGCCCAGAAUGCUGGGUGACCAGAGCUCAGAGCACUAGCGCGCCAGGAGGGC